AUGCCGAUCGGUAAAAUUGAACCUUUCGAUCUAACAUCUAAACAAUGGCCGGCUUAUGUAAGACGUGUUGAUCAAUUCAUUCUGCUUAACGAAAUCAAACCGGAAUUAAAAGUGUCGAUGUUAAUAACGGUAGUAGGCGAGGCGACAUAUAGCUUAAUGUGUGAUUUGUGUGCGCCGGCCAACCCGGAAGAUAAGACCUAUACAGAACUCGUGGAGCUGGUCAAAGUUCAUCUCGAGCCGCAACGGUCAGAAAUAGCCGAAAGACAUAUUUUUCGACAGAGGAGACAGCGAGUAGGGGAAUCUCUGACCGAGUACCUUCAGGCGCUCAAACAUCUCGCCGUCACCUGUAACUUCGGCAACCGACUCGAGGAGGACCUCAGAGACCAGUUCGUGUCGGGUCUAGCGAGCGAGCUACUGAGAUCUCGGAUUUUUGCCGAGAGAACGAUAGAUUAUAAGAAAGCGGUGGAGCUAGCUCUGGCUCUGGAAGCGGCAGACCGGCACGCCGAGACGAGCGGCGUGGGCGGACAGCACGCGGCCGGGAGCACGGGCGGAGGAGCGGCCGGCGAGGGGCUGCACGCGGUGCGAGCCCGGCGCGGCGCCGGCGCGGCCGCGGCCGGGCCGGGCGCGCGGGCCGGCGGCGCCCGCUGCUGGCGGUGCGGCAAGAGUCAUUCGGCGGACAGAUGCCGCUACGCUAAUUACAAUUGUGAUAACUGCAAUAAGCGGGGCCAUUUACGUGUGAUGUGCGGUAAAGUCGGUGAUCGUGUAGCGGUUAAUAGUGAGUCGCGGCAAAAUUAUGUGCACGAGUGUUCGGAAGAGGAUGAUUUCUUCAAUUUGGUGGUAUCGUCGUAUCGAGGUAACGAUCCUUAUUUUGUUAAAAUCCGAGUGAAUUCUGAGAUUUUGCAGUUCGAAAUAGACACGGGUAGUCGUAUAUCGGCAAUAAAUAAUAGUGAUUACGAGUUAUUGUUUAGAAACAGUAAAAUGCAUUCUGAUAAUUUGAUAUUACGAAGCUAUUCUGGCUCAAAAAUUGAACCUCUCGGAUACAUCCUGGUUGACAUUAAAUUCAAAGACGUCACGGCAAACAAUGUCCGUUUGUAUGUGAUUGAAAAGGGUGGGCCGCCCCUACUCGGUCGUGAUUGGUUAAAGGCAUUAAAAAUCACACAAAUUACCGUGAAUAAAUUAAUUGAAGAGGACCAAUUAGUGAGCCAGUUAUGUAGAGAAUUUCCUGAAGUUUUUUCUGUUAAAUUAGGUACAUGUAAAAAAACAUUACGACUACAGCUCACAGACUACGCCGGUGUGUACUACCGAGCGCGGCCCGUGCCGCUAGCGCUGCGCGAGCGCAUCGAGCGCGAACUCGAACGUUUACAACGCGACGGCUCCAUAUACAGAGUGGAACACUCGGACUUCGGGACUCCUAUUGUACCCGUGGUCAAAAGUAACGGUGAAAUUAGGAUAUGCGGGGACUAUAAAAUAACGAUCAACCCCAAGCUGAAACGCGAUCAUUACCCACUCCCGCGCAUAGAGGAGUUGUUGGCCAAUUUGAGUAAUGGGGAUGAAUUUACAAAAAUUGACUUACGACAUGCGUACGAACAAGUUUUAUUAGAUCCCGCAUCACAAAAAUUUACGACGAUCACAACACACGUCGGAACGUUCGCAUACCGCAGGACACCGUAUGGCUUGUCGUGUGUACCGGAACAGUUUCAAAAACUAAUGGAGGAGACGUUACGCGGUAUUCCAGGCACGGUCGUAUUUUUGGACGACGUUUGUAUCACCGGGGUAGACAGAGCCUCACACAUGCGUAAUCUGCGAGCUGUACUCGACCGACUCCGUCAAAUGGGUCUCACUAUAAAAUUGGAGAAAUGUAGUUUUUUACAGAAAAGUGUGAAGUAUCUGGGCUUUAUUAUUGAUAAGAAUGGGCUUCGCCCCGACCCGGAGAAACUAGACGCGAUUGCUAAAAUACCUGUACCCACGGAUGUCACUCAGUUGAAAAGUUUUCUCGGGUUACUUAAUUACUACGGUAAAUUUAUACCAAACCUAAGUUCAAUACUGAACCCAUUACAUAAUCUUUUAAAAAAAGACAAUCAGUGGGAUUGGAACCCAAGUUGCGCUAUAGCUUUUGAUAAUGCAAAGAAAUCUUUGCUGAGCGACAAAGUGUUGGCCCAUUAUGAGGAGGGGCGGCCGCUCGUGUUGUCGGUGGACAGUAGCGCGUACGGCAUAGGCGCCGUCCUGGCGCACCGCUACCCGGACGGCAGCGAGCGUCCCGUCAGCUGUGCCUCGCGCACACUAAACCAAGCUGAACGCAACUACAGUCAACUUGAUAAAGAAGCGUUAGCUAUUUACUAUGGCAUUUUGAAACAUCAUCAGUUUUUAUAUGGAAGGCAUUUCACACUGCGGUCUGAUCAUAAGCCUCUCACGUACAUUUUUGGUGAAAAAAGAGGUAUCCCUCAGACCGCGGCUAGUCGACUACAGCGCUGGGCGGCGCGGCUAGCAGGUUAUGAUUUUAAAAUAGAAUUUGUUAGAUCAGCGGAUAAUGGUCCGGCUGAUACAUUAUCACGGUUGCCACUGUCACAUGAGCGAGCGUUUGUUCCUCAUAUUGAUUAUUUACAUUUUGUUGAAGAGACGUUGCCUAUUGAUUUUAUAGAUGUCGCUAAAGAGACUCAAAAAGACACUGUGCUUUGUAAAGUGUUAGGUUACUUGAUGUUUGGUUGGCCGUCAUCGCCUACUUGUGACGAAGAGAAAGUAUUCUUUGCUAGAAAGCAAGACUUGUUUGCGGACCGCGGUUGUAUUAUUUAUAAAUAUAGGGUAGUAAUUCCAUUUAAGUUACGAUCUCAAGUUUUAAAAGAAGUUCAUAGUGGUCAUCUAGGUAUGAAUAAAAUGAAGAAUAUCGCUAGGAAUUAUGUUUAUUGGCCAAACAUUGACAAAGAUAUAGAAGAAAUGUGUCGCGCUUGCGAGGCGUGCCGGUCCGUACACGACGCGCCGGCGCGAGCGCCGCUCCACCCGUGGGAGUACCCGCUGCACCCUUGGCAAAGACUACAUGUAGACUUUUUCGAUUGCGCUGGUAAAAGGUUUUUGAUUUUGGUUGACGCACAUUCAAAGUGGAUAGAGACCAUUGCUAUGGCGGGUACUUCGGCGAGUGCGACGAUAACGGUUUUAAGAUCUAUUUUCGCUAGAUUUGGCAUACCAUCACAAUUAGUAUCCGAUAACGGCCCGCCAUUUUUUUCUACCGAAUUUAAGCAAUAUUGUGAUACAAAUAAAAUAAGACAUUCUACAUCUGCACCAUACAGGCCCCAGGGUAACGGCGAGGCAGAGAAUGCUGUCAAAACGGUAAAAAAGGUUUUAAAACGUGCAUUGUUCGAAAAAGAAGACAUGUUUGCUGCCCUUUAUAAAUUUUUAUUUCAAUAUCGCAAUUGCGAACACGCGACGACCGGUGUCUCGCCCGCGGUGGCGCUGCUCGGGCGCCGGCUGCGGGGCCGGCUGGACGCGCUGCGGCCCGGCGGCGCGGCCGUGGUGCGCGACGCGCAGGACAAACAGGCGGCCGCCGCGCCCGGCCGGCGUGCACGUUUCUCGCUGGGUGAUGAUGUACUCCCACGAGACUAUUCCAAAACGGGGCAUAAAUGGACUAAAGGGCGCAUCUCUGAAGUUACCGGGCCUGUCUCUUGCAAAGUAAAAGUUGGGGAAUCCACCGAAUGGCGUAGACACCACAAUCAAAUCGUUCCGCUUACUACGAAAAAUCGAUACUCUCUCUCUCGUGCCAGUACGUCAAAGGAUGAGACCCAGGGGUCUGAUGGUAAGGAUGUGCAGCCCGAGUUUGUGUCGGGGGGGAACGGUAUGUGUGAGGGCCCGGUCGGGGUCGAACCGGAGGUUUUAAUAAAUUCCGAAAAUGAAUUCGAAGACGCGGUAGAAGCUACGGGAGUGCGAUCCGAGUCGAGGCCCUCCCUAUUGCCGGUUGUCUCAGAUCGAGCCAUGAGAGCUUACAGAAGGGCGAUGAAUAAAGAUGUUAACAACAAAUAA